GAUGCAUUCAGAACCAUCAUGCCAAAUGCAGAGACUAGAUACUGCUGUAGAUAUAUAUGGACUAACUUCAAAAGAAAGUUUCCUGGUGUUCUGUACAAGGAACAUUUCUGGAAGGCAGCAAGAUCAUCCACAAAGCACCAUUUCAACACUCAUAUGGCAGCUAUAAAGGAACUAAAUGUGGAAGCUUUCAAGUACUUGGAAGCAAUCAACACAAGUCACUGGUUUAGGCAUGGGUUUAACACUGCAUCUAAGUCUGGUAUGCUGCUAAACAAUUGCUGUGAGAGUUUUUAUAAUAUCUUGAGGGAAGUGAGGGGAAAACCUAUCUUACAGUUAAUGGAAUGGAUAAGGAGGUAUGUAAUGCAAAGAUUCAAUGGAAAAAGGGAGGGAUUGAAGAGCUUUUAA